GAGAAAGAAAAGAGAGAAAGAGAAAAAAAAAAGAUAUUGGAGACCGCUACACCUCAGGCCUUGGCUGGACCGACGCCGAGAGAUACCCCUCAUUUACGACAGGUCUGGAUAGUAUGGGCGUUGGAACAUGGUUGCUCGGGAUUUCGACGUUGAUGUACAGGAAAGGGAAGAGGGAUACUUCAAGAGAUACCAACGGCUCAGUCGCCGCACCGUUUGUUUUCGAUUCCACAACGGUUCUCAUUUUUGCAAUCUGAUUCAUUUCAUCAAGAUGAUGAUGUUGUUCUUUUUCUCUCGGUUGGGUGGUUGCAUCAUUGGCCACCGGAACCUCUAUACGGUACAUAUCUCCAGAAGGUAGCCCGAGUUUAAACAUAGUGCUGCUAGCUGCAACCAAACACGCACAACAUGUCUUGUUCCGU